UGUGUGGCCUGGGCCAGCGUGGAGAUCCUCCUGCCUCAGCCUCCUGAGCACUGGCAUUUCAGGUACGUGCGGCCACGCCAUCUGAUGAGGCUCGGAGCCACUUGCACCAUUUAAGGAUUCCAAAGCUGCUUGGCGACGAAAGAGGACCAGGAGCUGGAAAGGAAAGCAACAGAACUGGUACAGGAGGCAAAACGUGGGAAAACUAGAGCAGAAACAAUGGGACCGACGGGUUGGAUGAAGUGUCCUCUUGCUGGUACAAAUAAAAGAUUCCUAAUUAACACAAUUAAGAACACACUGCCCUGCCAUAAAGUGCAAGACCAUGAACAAAAAGAGGGUACUAAGGAAACUGCAAAAGGCCAGGACCAGAAAGACACGAACCCCAAGAAGCAGAGAAGUCAUCCUUACAAGUACAGUUUGCGUGCUCGAAGCUCCGUGGGCUGCUGUCCUCCAGGGAAGUGGGGCACCAGGGACAAGUGCGACCCACGACCCAGCAAGCACUGA